UUCGAGUUGUCAUUUGUCAAGUUGUGGUGUGGCAAAUAAAAACCCGUGUACAAUUUGAUUUGUGCAUAAAUUUUAUUUAAUUUUAUUGCUAUCGGUCGAACAAAAACGAUAUAAAUCAAAUAAUUAUCUAAAAAUGUCCAUUAAAUUAACAGCAAAUGUUAAUAAUCCACCAAUAAGUGGACUAGCAACAGCGCAUUUAAUCAACGAAACAACACCUGUUGAAAUAACAUGGGGCAAUGAAACUGCGCUCCUAUUUCCAGACAAUCGGCGUUUGGUUUGCCAUUCGAAUAAUGAUGUUUUACGAGCUCUAGCUCGUGAAGCUCCUCAAUAUAAGUUGUACGGUGAAACUGCCAUCGAACGCACCCAAAUCGAUCAUUGGUUGUCGUUCAGUCUCACCUGCGACGAUGACAUCUCCUGGGCUAUGUCUUUUCUGGACAAAUCCAUUGCCCCGGUUACUUUUUUGGUUGCCAAUAAGUUAACCAUUGCUGAUUUUGCUCUUUUCAAUGAAAUGCAUUCUCGCUAUGAACUGUUGGCAGCCAAAGGCAUCCCAGCCCAUGUUCAACGUUGGUAUGAUCUAAUUAGUGCUCAACCUUUGAUUCAAAAGGUUUUGCAGACUUUGCCCGAUGAAGCGCGUGUUAAGGCGAAAAGAAUCAAUAAGUCUUCUUCCAAAGAGAAGGAACAAGUUGCCACCAAACCUGGUGAACGCAAACAAGAAGGCAAAUUUGUGGAUUUGCCUGGCGCUGAAAUGGGCAAAGUUAUUGUGCGUUUUCCUCCAGAGGCUUCUGGUUAUUUGCACAUUGGACAUGCCAAAGCUGCUUUGUUGAAUCAAUACUAUCAGCAAGCAUUUAAUGGCAAGCUUAUUAUGCGAUUCGAUGAUACGAAUCCAGCUAAAGAGACUGUCGAAUUUGAAAAUGUGAUUCUUGGAGAUUUGGAAAUGUUGGAAAUUAAGCCAGAUCUCUUUACUCACACUUCGAAUUAUUUCGAUUUGAUGUUGGAUUAUUGUGAGACUAUGAUAAAGGAUGGGAAGGCUUAUGUCGAUGACACAGAUCCAGCGACAAUGAAGAUUGAAAGAGAACAAAGGGUUGAGUCGAAGAAUAGGAGUAAUGAUGUUGAUAAAAACAUGGCAAUGUGGAAGGAAAUGUUGGUGGGAUCGGAAGCCGGACAGAAAUGUUGUGUUCGUGCAAAAAUUGAUAUGUCAUCGCCUAAUGGUUGCAUGCGUGAUCCAACUAUCUAUCGUUGCAAGAAUGAACCACAUCCAAGGACUGGAACUAAAUACAAGGUUUAUCCAACAUAUGAUUUCGCUUGUCCAAUUGUCGAUGCUAUUGAAAAUGUCACUCACACUCUGCGUACAAUGGAAUACCAUGACCGUGAUGACCAGUUUUACUGGUUCAUUGAUGCCUUAAAACUCCGUAAGCCUUAUAUUUGGGAGUACAGUCGACUGAAUAUGACAAAUACAGUUCUUUCUAAAAGAAAGUUGACUUGGUUUGUCGAUGAAGGACUUGUUGAUGGAUGGGAUGAUCCUCGUUUUCCAACUGUCCGUGGUAUUCUACGUCGUGGUAUGACCGUUGAGGGUCUAAAAGAAUUCAUUAUUGCUCAGGGUUCAAGUAAAUCGGUUGUUUUCAUGAACUGGGAUAAAAUUUGGGCUUUUAACAAAAAAGUCAUCGAUCCAAUUGCUCCCAGAUACACUGCAUUGGAGAAAGACAAUCAUGUUGUUAUUAAUGUAGCCGGUGCAAAGAAUGAAGUUAUCGAAGUACCAGCUCAUCCCAAAAACGAAUCGGUUGGCACAAAAGCAAUUCAGUUAAGCAAUCAAAUUAUCGUUGACUACGCUGAUGCUGAAUUGUUAAAAGAAGGCGAGAAUGCAACAUUCAUCAAUUGGGGAAAUUUAAUGAUUAAGAAAAUCAAUAAAACUGGAGAUAAGAUAACAUCAGUUGAUGCUGAAUUAAAUUUGGACAAUAAGGACUUUAAGAAGACAACAAAACUAACUUGGUUGGCUAAGUUGGAGCAAUCAGAAUAUCCACCAACAUGGUGUGUAUAUUUCGAUAAUAUUAUUAGCAAACCUGUUCUUGGAAAGGAUGAAGAUUUUAAGCAAUAUAUCGGGCAUCAAACUAGGCAUGAAGUUGAAAUGCUAGGAGAUCCAGAACUUAAGAAAUUGAAAAAAGGAGAUAUCAUUCAAUUGCAGAGACGUGGUUAUUUCAAAGUGGACGUUGCUUAUGCUCCACCAAAUCCAAUUUCUGGUGUAACACGUCCAGUUAUUUUGUUUUCAAUUCCCGAUGGUCAUACUAAAGAUAUACCAUCUGCGGGAUUGAAGAUUAAUAACCUUCAGGAAGCAGCUACUAAAAAUGCUUCACCUCCACCUUCUUCCAACGCAGAUGCAAUUGACCAACAGAUAGUGAGUCAAGGUAUUGUCGUCCGUGAUCUCAAAGCUAAAAAAGCCGAAAAGGCACAAAUUGAUGUUGAGGUUAAGAAAUUGCUUUCAUUAAAAGCAGACUACAAAGCAGCAACAGGUAACGACUGGAAACCAAAACCAGCAUCAGCAACUCCAGCUGCACCCACUCCAUCAUCUGGUUUUGAUGCCAAUUCGAUAAACAAACGCAUUGUAGAACAAGGGGAUUUAAUCAGAGAUCUAAAAGCAAAGAAAGCUCCUAAAGCUGACAUAGAACCCCAAGUAAAAACCCUAUUAUCCCUCAAAGCGCAAUAUAAAGAGGCUACCGGAAAAGAUUGGAAACCUGAAGCUGUUGUACCAGCAGCAACUGCUGCAGCACCAGCAACACAAAGUGCCCCAAAAUCAUCCGAAACCGAAGCUAUCCUCACUAAAAUAAACGAUCAAGGUGGAAAGAUCCGUCAACUUAAAUCGGAAAAGGCUGCCAAACCCACGAUUGAUGCGGAAGUAAAGGUUUUGCUUGAACUCAAAGCCGAAUACAAGAAAUUGACAGGUUCUGAUUGGACACCUGCUUGCGCUUCUGCUGUAGUUGUCAAGAAAGAAUCAUCUCCAGAUCCAGCCGCAGCUUCAACUGUUUCAGCUCUCCUUGAUAAAAUUACAAAGCAAGGUGAAAAAGUACGAGAUUUGAAGUCUCAAAAGGCCGGCAAGCCAGCAAUAGACGCUGAAGUUAAGGUAUUAUUAGCCCUCAAAGCUGACUACAAAAGUCUUACUGGAUCCGAUUGGAAACCUGGUACAACAGCACCUGCUCAAGUAGCAGCAGCAGCACCUGCCGCAGUAAAAGAAGCAUCACCAGUAAAAGGCGACCUUUCGAGCAUAAAUGACAGAAUCAAAGAACAGGGAGACAAAAUUCGAAAAUUGAAAUCAGAAAAGGCCCCCAAAGCAGCAAUCGAACCAGAAGUGAAAGCAUUAUUGUCGCUCAAAGCCGAAUUCAAAAGCAUUUCAGGAAAAGACUGGACUCCCGACACUCAAGUUGAACCCCCAAAACAAGUUGCAGCAAUGACUGAUGAAAAAGAGCAACUCACCAAGCAAAUUAAUGAACAAGGCGACAAAGUGAGAGCAGCCAAAGGUAGCCAUGCAGCAAAAGAAGUAAUCGAUGCUGAAGUUAAGCUGCUACUGGAACUCAAAACCAAGUAUAAGGAAGUAACUGGAACUGACUUCCCUGUUGCAGCUCGUGGAAGCACUAAAAAGUCUGGCGAAAAGAAGGAAUCUACUCCAAAACCUGCCAAACCCUCCAAGAAAGAAUCUCCUAAGCCUGCUGAAAGCGCAACUGGAGCUGUUAAGAAACAGACACGUUUGGGUUUGGAGGCCACCAAAGAGGAUAACCUUCCCGAUUGGUAUUCACAAGUCAUCACAAAAGGAGAACUAAUCGAGUACUAUGAUGUUUCCGGAUGUUACAUUCUCAGACCCUGGUCGUUUGCAGUUUGGAAAUUCAUUCGCACAUGGUUCGAUAAUGAAAUUACAAAAAUGGGUGUCAAAGAAUGCUACUUCCCAAUGUUUGUGUCCAAGAGUGUUUUGGAAAGAGAAAAGGAUCACAUAGCUGAUUUUGCUCCCGAAGUAGCUUGGGUUACCAAAUCUGGUGAAUCUGAUUUAGCCGAACCAAUUGCUAUACGUCCUACCUCCGAAACAGUUAUGUACCCUUCCUAUGCGAAAUGGAUCCAAUCCUACAGAGAUUUGCCAAUUCGAUUGAACCAAUGGAAUAAUGUUGUUAGAUGGGAAUUCAAACAUCCACAGCCUUUCCUUCGGACAAGAGAAUUCUUAUGGCAAGAAGGUCACUCUGCCUUUGCAACCAAAGAGGAAGCCGACAAAGAAGUCUUGGAAAUCCUCGAUUUGUAUGCUCAUGUGUACACAACACUCCUGGCCAUUCCCGUGGUAAAGGGACGCAAAACCGAAAAGGAGAAGUUCGCCGGUGGUGAUUACACCACAACUGUUGAGGCAUUCAUAUCGGCGAGUGGUCGUGCUAUUCAAGGUGCAACCAGUCAUCAUUUGGGACAAAACUUCUCCAAAAUGUUUGACAUUGUCUAUGAAGAUCCAGAAACACAAAAGAAAGAAUUUGUGUUCCAGAAUUCCUGGGGUAUAACAACACGAACCAUUGGUGUGAUGAUUAUGGUUCAUGCUGAUAAUCAAGGACUUGUCCUACCACCUCAUGUGGCGUGUAUUCAAGCAAUAAUUGUUCCUUGUGGCAUCACAGUGAAUACAAAAGAUGAGGAACGUGAACAGUUGCUGCAAAGUUGCAAGAGCCUAGAAGCUCUCUUGAACUCCAAUGGAAUUCGUUGUGAGGGUGAUUAUAGGGAUAAUUACUCGCCAGGAUGGAAAUUCAAUCAUUGGGAACUCAAAGGUGUUCCAAUUCGUAUUGAAGUUGGUCCAAAAGACAUGAAAUCCAAUCAAUUGGUAGCAGUGCGUCGUGACACUGGUGAAAAAUUGAUUCUGUCUUGUGAAAAUGCUGAGCAGAAAAUCAGUCAACUUUUGGAAACCAUCCAUGAGAGUAUGUUUGCCAAGGCAAAGACCGAUCUUACUUCACAUACUAAGGUGACGAAGAAUUGGGGUGAUUUCUGUAAGUUUUUGGAUCAGAAGAACAUCCUAUUGACACCUUUCUGUGGAGAAAUAAGUUGUGAGGAUCAAAUUAAGGCCGAUAGUGCGAGGGAGGAAGAUGCUGAGCCUGGUGCACCAGCUAUGGGAGCAAAAUCACUUUGCAUACCAUUCGAUCAACCUGCACCUAUAACAUCGGCUGAUAAAUGCAUCCAUCCAAGUUGUAGCAAAAAUCCUAAAUAUUAUUGUUUAUUCGGAAGGAGUUAUUAAGAAGAACAAGCAUGCACACAACCACACAUACGUUUGACCGAUUUACGUUAGUUUUUAUGAUCUUCAAUGAGAUUCUAUUUCUUUUUAAUUGUUAAAAAGUCUAACUUUUUUUUUUUUGGUUCUAUUUUUAAAUUAUUUAAACUCAAAUAAAUCCGUUGAUUUUUUCAA